GAUGAUAUUAUAGGUUCUAAUAUAUCGAUUUAACAGUGUUAUAUACAUAUUUUUUCAUAACGAGCAUACAUAAAAAAGGAGUAAUCAAGUGGUUAUUUCACUCAAAUCUCUCUAGAAAACAAAUCAAAUUUUUGGGAAGUCAGUAUGAUUAAUAGCGACCCUGAUACGAGUACAAGCUUUCACAGAUCUUGUCUUCCUUCUGAAAUGUUACAACCGAAUGAUGGAAAUAUCAUGUCGAUUUUAAAAAAUUGCCUGGGAAAGGAGCUCAGCAAAGUUACAAUGCCUGUGACGUUAAAUGAACCACUGAGCUUUCUACAAAGGAUAUGUGAAUACAUGGAAUACGCUGAAAUAUUAGAUCAAGCUGCCAGCGAGGAAGAUCCAGCUGAUCGUAUGAAACUUGUUGCAACGUUCGCGGUAUCUGCAUUGGCUUCAAAUUGGGAACGUAUUGGGAAACCAUUCAAUCCACUUUUGGGAGAGACGUAUGAACUUCAAAGGAAAGACUUCAAAUUCCUAAGCGAGCAAGUAUCUCAUCAUCCACCAAUUUCAGCUUUUCAUGCAGAAUCUCCUCAUUAUAUGUUUUAUGGCUCCAUAAAUCCGAAAAUAAGGUUCAUGGGGAAAAGUAUUGAAAUUCAACCCAAAGGUGUUGUCACUGUUGAAUUUCCCAGAUGGAAAGAAGCUUACACAUGGAGUAAUGUUAAUUGUUGUGUGCAUAAUGUAGUUGUGGGUAAACUUUGGAUUGAACAGCAUGGCACAAUGGAAAUAAGGAACCAUUCGAACGGUUAUCGCGCACAUCUCGAAUUCAAAGAAACCAAUUCUUCCAAAGAAGCCAACCAGGUGUUUGGAGUUAUAGAAAAUGACCAGAAAACAAUAUUAUAUCGGUUAUACGGAAAAUGGAACGAACUUUUGAAAUGUACAUCCGAAGAAGACUACCAACGGUAUAUCCAGCAUAAAGUUGAUAAAGAAGCAAACACUUCCCAUGACCAUCAUUCUCGAAAGAUAUUAUCAAAGUUAAAUAGCUUUAAAAUGUCGUCAUUUCUCAGCGUUAGCAUGCAAGAUGAUCAAAUCGAUACAACUCUGCUGGAGAGUUUAAAUCUUAACAAUGACUUGAGCCAAAUACCUGCCGAUACGAAAUCAGCAAUAUUGUGGAACGCUAACGUACGUCCUGAAAAUAGUACAAAGUAUUAUCAUUUCACAGAUUUCGCAAUGCAACUUAAUGCCAUAGAUCCAAAAGUUAGCCUCAAUACUUUGUGUCCCACCGAUUCAAGGUUGCGUCCAGAUAUAAGAUGUCUUGAAGAAGGUGAUGUAGCUGGUGCAUCUGCACAAAAAAAUCGAUUAGAAGAAAAACAACGUGAUACUAAACGAUUGCGAAAAGGAAAACAUGAAAAAGAACUUUGGAAACCACGAUGGUUCAAGUUUGGAACGAAUCCUCUGACCCAACAUGAAGAUUGGAUGUUUACAGGCGCAUAUUGGGAUCGAAACUAUGAUUUCACGUCAGAAAUUUUUUAACAAACUAUAAAAUACUGUUGUAUUUUCAAAACAAAAUGUUAAUAAAUAUUGUAUUUUGGAAGCAAUAUAAA